AUGAAACCGAAUGGAAAAAUAUUUGUUAGCAAAAAAUUACACAUGAACUCAUAUAAAGAUGAGUCCCUCAUCAGCUUCAUCGAUCCCAUCGACUCGGCCCCAUUGACUCGCACCAUCGACUCGACCUCAUUGACUCGCCCCAUCGACCCCAUUCCACUAUCGAUGGAAUUGUUCGGAUUGUUUCAGAUGUUCCAACGAAUUAAAUUACUCACUUAUCAGGAGGGUUGUGGAAAAGAUUAUCUCGAGCUUAAUAUGAUGUUGAUUAUUUUUUAA